AUGCCACCGAAAAAGAAGAAAGGAAGCACACGAGCUGCUUCGACGCCCGUUGAAGAUCAAGAUGUCAUGGCAAUUGAUACUCCCCAAAAGGCCGAACCACUAAAACCAAGCUACAAUAUCUUGAAAGACCCAUGGACGGAUGAACAAGAAACCUCAUUGUUCAAAGGUAUUGUCAAGUGGAAACCAGCGGGUAUGCACAAACACUUUCGCAUGAUUGCACUUUCAGAACAUCUACGGAAUCACGGUUAUGAUCCUCGUGUUGAACGGCAUACUCGGAUCCCUGGCAUAUGGGAGAAGUUACGAACCUGUUACAAUUUGGAUGUAAUCGAUGAUCGCGAAAAUUCAUUCGAUUACGAAGAGGAUACCGAAGAUCGGUUUCCCGAGUUUACAUUGCCCGACGAGGAAUAUGGAGAGAUGUGUUUCAUGCGAGGGAAACGAACGAAUGAAGAAUUAAGCGAAGCACCUUCAUCACCUUCAAGAUUGAUGGAAACUUCGGAGCCAAAGGAGUCACCAGAGCCCGAGGUUCAUGGAACCACCAGAAAAAGGAAGAGGGGAAAAGAGAGAGCAAGUACUGUCGAUACAACGGAGACGAGAACGUCACCACCUGCACAAAGUUCGCCACCAAAAUCUACCAGAGCGGGAAGGAGUGCCAAUAGAGCUGCGGGAAAGGCAAAAGCAGAAUCGAGUUCGAGGCAGCAAAGUGUUGCAACCGUUACAACCGUGGAAGAUGGAGCCGAGGACGACGAAGAAAUCGAUGAAGGCCUCGAGGGAACACCGACGAGACCUAGAGGAGCGGAUACGAAGAGAUCUAGGGCACAGUCUUCCAAUAGGAAAAGCAAAAGGAAGAGAUAA